AUGCCUCCAGGAAUAUCUCUGCUUCCUGAUAAUAUUCUGCAGGUUCUUAGGAUCCAGCUGCUACACUGUGUUCAGAAAUCAGCAGAUGGGUUAGAGGAACAACAACAAGCUUUGUCCAUUUUGCUUGUCAAAUUCUUCAUUAUUCUUUGCAGGAAUUUAUCAAAUGUAGAAGAAAUUGGGACUUGCUCUUACAUUAAUCAUGUCAUUACCAUGACAACACUGUAUAUUCAGCAAUUAAAAAGCAAAAAAAAGGAGAAGGAAAUGGCUGAUCAGACAUCUAUUGAAGAAUUUGUGAUCCAUGCACUGGCAUUCUGUGAAAGCUUGUAUGAUCCGUAUAGAAAUUGGAGACAUAGAAUUUCCGGACAGAUCCUUAGUUCUGUGGAAAAGAGCAGACAGAAGUACAAACCAGCGUCUCUCACAGUGGAGUUUGUUCCUUUCUUUUAUCAAUGUUUUCAGGAAAGUGAACAUCUCAAGGAAAGUCUUAAGUGUUGCUUAUUGCAUCUCUUUGGAGCCAUUGUAGCCGGUGGGCAGAGGAAUGCUUUGCAAGCAAUUUCUCCAGCCACCAUGGAAGUUCUUAUGCGAGUUUUAUCCGAUUGUGAUUCAUGGGAAGAAGGAGAUCCUGAGGAAGUGGGUAGAAAGAGAGAACUAACUCUGAAAUGCCUUACACAAGUGGUGCAUAUCCUUCUUACUAGUAGCUCUGACCAGCGUCAGGUGGAAACCAGUACCAUACUGGAGAACUAUUUUAAGUUGCUCAAUUCCGAUCACUCAGCUUUACCUAAGCAGGGGAGGUCCAGGCGGUGGGAAAGCCAAUUCAUAGCUCUGCAGAUUAAGAUGCUCAAUACCAUCACAGCCAUGUUAGAUUGCACAGACAGACCCGUUCUUCAGGCCAUUUUUCUCAACAGUAAUUGCUUUGAACAUCUCAUACGACUUCUACAGAACUGCAAGGUAUUCCAGGGACAGUUGGAUUGCUUGGCUGUGUCAGCCAUUCAGGCUUUGACAGCAGUGAUGAAGAAUUCUCCAGCUGCUAAGGAAGUAUUUAAAGAAAGAAUUGGCUAUAUGCACAUGUUUGAGGUAUUAAAAUCCUUGGGCCAGCCGCCACAAGAACUGCUUAAAGAACUUAUGAACAUGGCUGUAGAGGGUGAUCAUACUUCAGUUGGCAUUUUGGGCAUUAGUAAUGUCCAUCCUCUCUUGGUUCUUAUCCAGUGGCUUCCGGAGCUAGAAUCCCAUGACCUACAGAUCUUCAUCUCUGAUUGGCUGAAAAAAAUUUGUUGCAUUAAUAAACAGAGCAGAACUACGUGUGUGAAUGCAAACAUGGGGAUAAAAAUCAUUGAAACCCUUGAAUCCCAUUCUUCCCUACAUCGAACUUGUGCUGAGAACUUGAUUGCAAUCCAUGGUUCAUUGGGGAGUCAGUCUGUGAGCUCAGAAGAAAUCCGUCGGCUUCUGCGACUGCUGAGAGUAGAUGAAUCGGAGAGUAUUCACCCGUAUACCAUUCCUGUGACUCGUGCGAUCCUGACAAUGGCACGGAAACUCAGUUUUGAGAGUGCACUGCAGUAUUUUAAUUUGUCACAUAGUAUGGCAGGAAUUUCUGUGCCUGCCAUUCAGAAAUGGCCUGGGUCUGCAUUUUCCUUUACUGCUUGGUUUUGCUUAGAUCAGGAUCCAUUAACCCUUGGGAGUGCUAACAAAGGAGGAAAAAGAAAACAAUUAUAUAGCUUUUUUACAGGAAGUGGAAUGGGUUUUGAAGCUUUUAUUACCCACUCAGGUAUGUUGGUUGUGGCAGUGUGCACAAAAAGAGAGUAUGCAACAGUUAUGCUUCCUGACCACAGUUUCUGUGAUUCUCUCUGGCACAACAUAACCAUUGUUCACAUGCCUGGAAAAAGGCCCUUUGGGCAGAGUCUUGUCUAUAUCUAUGACAAUGGACAACAGAAGGUUUCUGCCCCUCUCAGAUUCCCUGCCAUGAAUGAGCCAUUUAUUUCCUGUUGUAUUGGUUCAGCUGGGCAAAGAACCACUACUCCUCCACCAUCUCAAAUCCCAGAUCCACCAUUUUCUACUCCCAUUACCCCUCACCGGACAUCAUUUGGUGGAAUAUUGUCAUCAGCCCCUUGGGGAGGAACAAUUGAAAAAUCAAAAUUGUUUACCAAAUUAAUUUCAGCUGGAACCCAAGAUAGUGAAUGGGGUUGUCCCACAUCUCUGGAGGGCCAGCUAGGAUCUGUGACUAUAUUCCAUGAAGCUCUGCAGCCUCCUCAGGUCAAGGCUUUAUACUUAGCAGGUCCAAAUUGCUUAAGCCCUUGGAAGUGUCAAGAGUGUGAUAUGGCUGAUUUGCCAAGUAACAUCCUCCUUCACUACACAGGAAAGGCUUGCAAAAAUUCAAUUUGCCUUGACUUGUCUACUAACUGUUUACAUGGAAGAUUAACAGGAAACAAAGUAGUGAAUUGGGACAUUAAGGACAUAAUCAAUUGCAUAGGUGGGUUAAAUGUACUGUUUCCUUUACUGGAACAAAUAAGCCACUUUAGUGAAGAACAGACUUCUGAAGCAAUGAGUGAAAACACAGUUCCUGAAUUAAUAACACCUGUUGAACAAGAAUGUAUGGGGUUUGCCUCCACAAAGGCAUCAGAGUCAAGGCUGGAGAAAAAUCUAAUUGCAACAUUUAUUUUGAUUGUGAAACACUUUAUUCAAAGACAUCCUAUUAACCAGGACAAUCUUAUUCAGUCCCAUGGAGUUUCAACUCUUGGUGCUUUACUUCAGAAGGUGCCAGGUUCUCUGAUGGAUGUUAAUGUAUUGAUGGCAAUUCAAUUACUAAUUGAACAGGUAUCAUUAGAAAAGAACACACUGUUGCUUCAACAAAUGUAUCAGUGUUUACUCUUUGAUUUCCGUAUUUGGAACCGUGGAGAUUUUCCUUUUCGGAUUGGCCAUAUACAGUAUCUUUCUACAAUCAUUAAAGAUAGCAGGAGAGUUUUCAGGAAGAAGUAUGGUGUGCAGUUUCUCCUGGAUACACUUAGGAUUUAUUAUGGGCAUAGAUCUACAUGUAAUGAGCUAUCUCCAGAUGAUAUUCGGACAAUAAGGACUUCUUUGUAUGGGCUAAUUAAAUAUUUUCUUUGUAAAGGUGGAACUCAUGAAGAAAUACAAAGUAUUAUAGGUUACAUAGCUGCUACUAAUGAAGAAGAACAGCUCUUUGGAAUUUUGGAUGUACUCUUAAGUCUUCUACGAACCAGUCCAACUAGAGGUCAGCUUUUCUUACUGAUGUUUGAACCAGGAAAUGCUGACAUACUUUAUGCCUUGCUGUUAAAUCAGAAGUAUUCUGACAAACUAAGAGAAAUCAUUUUUAAGGUCAUGGAACAGAUGUUAAAAUGCACAAAUGUUUAUGAACGCAGUAAACAUCGUAUCCGUCUUAGAGAAGUUGGCUAUUCAGGAAUUGGACUCCUCCUUAAUGAAGCACCAGUUAACACAUCUCUUAUUAAAAACCUUGUUAACCAAAUCAUUAAUACCGAUCCUGUUAUUAAUUUCAAAGAUCUAUUAUCUGUAGUGUAUAUCUGUCACAGAACACAUGUAAAUGUCAGAGUGGUCCUCUGUAGAAAGAUAUUACAGAUUUUGCAGUCCCAGCCAGAUGCAGCAUACCAGAUAUCACAACAAGUGGGUUGGCAAGACACCUUUGUUAGACUUUUCUUAAAAGCAACUUUUGAAAAUGUAAAUUCUUUUAACAAACAUGGGAAGACAGUUUCAGUGAAAGAAAAUAAAAAUACGUCAACCGAAGAUGUUAAGAGGAACUUUGAAAAACUUGAUGAUGAAAAAAUGAUAUUAGCUGAUGUAUCUUCAGACCAUUGGAGUUUGGAUGAUAGUCAGUCCCUGAAUUCAAACACACCAUUAUUUCAAGAAGAUAGCUCUGAAGGAGAAUUAUCUUUCAAGUCAGAGAAUCAAGAAGAAUUCUGGCAUAGUAACACUUCCCAUCUGAGCUUAGAUCUCAGUGGACUUGACGUAUGUGAACUGAGCGAUGGUGGAAGUCAAGUGCCUGACAGCUCACCUAGCACCCCAUCCCCGGUAGAGUCUACUAAGUCAUUUUCAGUGCAGUCUGACAAAGAAAGAAGCAUCACAAACGAAAUGGGCUUCAGUGAUGACUUCUCUUUUUUUGAAAGCCAAGAGAAAUGUGAAGAAGAACUUUUUCAGCUGCUUACAAAUAUUUUGAAUUAUGUCAUGUGUAAAGGACUAGAAAAGUCUGAUGAAGACACUUGGAUUGAAAGGGGACAGGUGUUUUCAGCACUUACUAAACCAGGAAUAUCAAGUGAGCUGCUUCGACCCUCAGAUGAAGUAAAACUAACUUUGCUACAGAAGAUGUUAGAGUGGGCAAUCUCAGAAAACAGAGAUGUAAAAAGUAGUCCUGUAACUGCUGAAAAUGCCUUCCGACUCAUGUUGAUCAUACAGGACUUUCUGCAGUCAGAAGGAUUGGUUAAUUCAAACAUGUGGACUGAGAAGCUUUUAGAAGAUACCACGCAGCUCCUUGACUGCCUGUCAGUAUGGUAUUCUGAGAAUCCAGUGUGGGUAAAACUCUCUCAAAUUCAGAUCCAGUUGCUUCUAGAAUUCAUCGGAAGAGGCAGUUUGCAGGUUUGUGCAAUGGCAUCAGCUAAGCUCAAUGCUCUUCUUCAGACCAAAGUGAUUGAAAAUCAAGAUGAGGCAUGCUAUAUUUUAGGGAAACUAGAACAUAUUCUAAGUCGAUCAAUCAAGGAGCAGACAGAAAUCUACUCAUUUCUGAUUCCCCUUCUCCGGACUCUGGUUUCUAAAAUUUAUGAGCUUCUUUUCAUGAACUUGCACCUGCCUUCUUUGCCUUUUACUAAUGGGAGCGCUUCAUUUUUUGAAGAUUUUCAAGAAUACUGCAAUUCAAAUGAAUGGCAAGUUUACAUUGAAAAAUAUAUUGUACCUUACAUGAAGCAGUAUGAAGCACAUACAUUUUAUGAUGGUCAUGAGAACAUGGCACUUUACUGGAAAAAUUGUUACGAAGCCUUAAUGGUGAAUAUGCAUAAAAGAGACAGAGAAGGAGGAGAAAGCAAGCUGAAAUUUCAGGAGUAUUUUGUGGAGCCGUUUAAUCGAAAAGCCCGUCAAGAGAACUUGAGGUACAAUAAUAUGAUUAAACAACUUAACAGUCAGCAGUUGGCGGCUUUUAGACACUGGAAGGCGAUACGGCUCUAUCUUAAAUGUGAAAGGGGGCCUUGGGCUGAAAAGAAACAGAAUCGAAUUCACUGGAAACUAGCUAAUGUAGAAAAUUAUUCCCGCAUGAGACUUAAACUGGUACCAAAUUAUAAUUUCAAAAACCACGAGGAAGCAAGUGCCUUAAGAGAUAAUUUAGGUAUUCAACACUUACAGCCUUCGAGUGAUUCACUGCUUUUGGAAGUAGUGAAACAAGUUAAACUCAGUGAUAUAGAGGAAGAUAAACUAGAACUUCUUGAAGAGGACAUGGCAGCCAGAGUAACUAUUGAUGAGAAGGAAGAACAGGAUCAAAAGGAAAAGUUGGUGUUGACUGAAGACUGUGAACUCAUUACAGUAAUUGACAUAAUUCCCGGCAGAUUAGAAGUCACUACUCAACACAUUUACUUCCAUGAUAACAGUAUUGAAAAAGAAGAUGGACUGGGCUUUGAUUUCAAGUGGCCUCAUUCUCAAAUUCGAGAGAUUCACUUACGUCGUUACAACUUAAGGAGAUCAGCACUUGAGAUUUUUCAUGUUGAUCAGUCCAACUACUUUCUCAAUUUCAAAAAAGAGGUUAGAAACAAAGUAUAUAGCAGACUGUUGUCACUUCAUUCUCCUAAUAGUUAUGGAACAAGAUCACCACAGGAAUUAUUCAAAGCAUCAGGGUUAACACAGAAAUGGGUGAAUAGAGAGAUAACAAACUUUGACUACCUCAUUCAAAUAAAUACCAUGGCAGGACGGACCUAUAAUGACCUUGCACAGUACCCUGUGUUUCCCUGGAUUUUGCAAGAUUAUACUUCAGAAGAAUUAGACCUAAAUAACCCCACUGUAUUUCGAGAUCUUUCUAAACCAAUUGGAGUAGUUAAUGAAAAAAAUGCCAAAGCUAUGCGUGAAAAGUACGAGAAUUUUGAAGACCCGAUGGGAACUAUUGAUAAGUUUCACUAUGGUACUCACUAUUCCAAUUCUGCAGGCGUCAUGCACUAUCUCAUCCGUGUGGAGCCGUUCACUACCCUCCACAUCCAGCUUCAGAGUGGACGGUUUGACUGUGCAGACCGGCAGUUCCACUCCAUCCCUGCUACCUGGCAAGCACUUAUGGAUAAUACAUAUGAUGUAAAAGAACUUAUUCCUGAAUUCUUCUAUUUCCCAGAGUUUCUAGAAAAUCAAAAUGAAUUUAAUUUGGGUCAUUUACAAGUUUCCAAAGAACUGGUAAACGAUGUUAUUCUUCCAAAAUGGGCUAAGUCAGCUGAAGAUUUUAUUUAUAAACACAGAAAGGCUCUGGAGUCUGAAUAUGUUUCUGCUCAUCUUCAUGAAUGGAUAGAUCUGAUUUUUGGCUACAAACAGAGAGGGCCAGCUGCAGUGGAGGCACUCAAUGUCUUCUAUUACUGUAGUUAUGAAGGUGCUGUAGAUCUUGAUGCCUUAACAGAUGAAAAGGAAAGGAAAGCCUUAGAAGGGAUGAUUAAUAAUUUUGGGCAAACACCUUGUCAGCUGUUAAAGGAACCACACCCUCCAAGAUUAUCAGCAGAAGAAGCCAUUCAAAAGCUGACCAAAACAGAAAUUUCAACCCUAAACCUCUUUCAACACCUCCCUGAGCUGAAGUCAUUUUUCAUAGAGGGAAUUAGUGAUGGUAUUCCACUAUUAAAGGCUAUCAUCCCCAAAAAUCAGUCUCGUUCCUUUAUAUCUCAAGGCAGCCCUGAGUUACUGAUAACAGUAAGCAUGAACUAUGUUAUUGGAACCCAUGGAUGGCUACCAUAUGACCGAAAUAUUUCUAACUACUUCACAUUCAUUAAGGAUCAAACUGUAACCAACCCAAAGGCUCAGCGCACCGUGAGUGGUCCUUUUGCCCCAGGACUGGAAAUCACUUCCAAACUGUUUGUAGUGUCACAUGAUGCAAAGUUGCUCUUCAGUGCUGGGCACUGGGAUAAUAGUAUCCAAGUAAUGUCACUUACCAAAGGCAAAAUUGUCUCACAUAAUAUCCGACAUAUAGAUAUUGUGACUUGCUUAGCUACAGAUUACUGUGGAAUGCACUUGAUUUCAGGUUCCAGGGACACUACAUGCAUGAUAUGGCAAAUAACACAACAGGGAGGCACUCCCGUGGGCUUAGCACCUAAACCUUUUCAAAUUCUCUAUGGACACACUGAUGAGAUACUGAGUGUGGGUAUCAGCACUGAGCUCGACAUGGCUGUAUCAGGGUCAAGGGAUGGCACUGUGAUUAUACAUACUGUUCAGAAAGGUCAGUACAUGAGAACCUUACGACCACCUUGUGAGAGCUCCCUGUUCCUGACCAUUCCCAGCUUGGCCAUAUCCUGGGAAGGACACAUUGUUGUCUAUUCCAGCUUGGAAGAAAAGUCCGUCCUCAAGGAUAAGAACCUGUUACAUGUGUUUUCUAUAAAUGGAAAGUAUCUGGGGUCUCAAGUUCUAAGUGAACAAAUAUCAGAUAUGUGCAUAAUUGGAGACCACAUUAUCACUGGCAGCUUACAAGGGCUACUCUCUAUAAGAGAGCUCCACAGCUUGAAGCUCAGCGUCACUCCAUUAGCCAUGCGAUUGCCUAUCCACUGUGUUUCCAUAACCAAAGAAUACAGUCACAUUCUUGUUGGCUUAGAAGAUGGAAAGUUGAUUGUAGUGGGUGUUGGCAAGCCAGCCGAGAUGCGGUCGGGUCAGCUUUCUCGAAAGUUGUGGGGAUCUAGCAAGCGGCUCAGCCAGAUUUCAUCUGGAGAAACCGAAUAUAACACUCAAGAUUUCAAGUGAUUGUUCCUUCCACCUUCUGUGAUGGAGAAAUGAGCUUCAGUUAUUGCUUUGUCACUUGAGCUGCAUCUCUCCACUCUGAAUGUCUUUAAGGGUUUUACCCUGAAAAAUAGAUUACCACGCUUUGAUAUUGGAGCACAUGCCUGUAACACUAAUACUUGAGAGGCUGAGGAAGGUGGAUCUUAAGGCCAGCCUGUGCUACAUAGCAAGACCUUAUCUCAAAAAUAAAUAAGUUUUAAUAAGUUUAAAUAAGUUUUUAUAAAUAAAAAUAAAUAAAUAUUAAGUCCAUAUUUAAAGUUUUGCCAAUAUGAAUCUAGAUUUAUUAACCAGUACUAAAAUUCAAUUGAGAAAA